AUGGCCAUCGAUUCUCGACGAUGGUUUCACAGUGAAUUAUCGGGAUUGGCCGCCGAGAAGCUUCUUAUAGAAAAAGGAGAGCCAGGAAGCUUUCUUAUUCGUCAAAGCCACAAUAGCCCUGGAAAUUUUACCCUCUCCGUCCGGCGAAAAGACUCAUUUGCGCAUAUUCGUAUCCAAAACACCGGUGAUUUUUUAAGCUUCUUUGGUGGCGACAAAUUUGCUACUCUCCCAGAACUUGUUAAUUACUAUCGCGAGCACCCUGAUCAGCUAAAAGAAAAAAAUGGCUCCAUCAUCGAACUCCGACAUCCUCUUAUGGUAGAUGAUUAUUCCAGUGAGAGUGCGAGGUGGUUUCACGGUCGUCAAACAGCGAAUGAGGCCCAAAAUCUCCUUUUGCAAAAGGGCAAAUAUGGGAGCUUUUUGGUUCGAGAGUCGGUUCGUCAACCGGGAUCCUAUGUACUCUCCGUUGUUACGGGGGACAGCAAUGUUUCUCACAUUCUCGUUAACCAUUUGCCUAAUUCGAAAUUCGAUUUGGGCGAUGGUCAUGAAUUUUCGUCUCUUGGUCAACUGAUUGAUCAUUACACCGCCUUUCCCAUUAUGGUCAAAGAUGGACAUCUAAUCUGUCUUAAACAACCCUUCAAUGUGACUCGCCUCAAUGUCUCCUGUUUGGACCAGCGUAUCACACAGUUAGAGAAGAAGGGUGUUCGAGGAAAGCGUGUUACUGGUUUUUGGGAGGAAUUUGAGGAGCUUCAUCAGGACGCCCACGAAGGUAGUCGAAUGGAGGGUAGAAGACCCUGUAAUUUGGCAAAAAAUCGGUACAAAAAUAUCCUCCCUUUCGAUGCCACCCGAGUGAUUCUACGCGACGCGGAUCCCAACGUCCCUGGCUCAGAUUAUAUCAAUGCCAACUACAUCUCCAAUCCUGCCUUUCUCUUAGAAGGUCUUCAGCCUUCAACAACAUUAACGAAAGACGAAAAGAAGUCUAAGGAAACAGAAAUAAACAAAGAUAGAGAGGAGGAAGAGAAUGAAGGAAAUGGGGAGAAUGCUAGAGCCAGGAGUCGUCGCGGCCGAGUCUUUUUUUCAUCUCGGCCCCAGUACAUCGCUACGCAAGGCGUUCUACCCGGCACCAUUGUCGAUAUGUGGCGCAUGAUUUGGCAAGAACGCUCCUCCAUUGUCGUCAUGCUGACGAAAGAAAAUGAACGCGGAAGAAAUAAAUGCGAAAAGUACUGGCCAACGGAGGUUGAGGGCUCUCUACUCCUUCCCGUUCCCUUGGGUACUCUAAAAGUCACUCCCAUGUCUGAACGCAACCUCAUUUCGCAUGUGAUUCGUGAGCUCAAAAUCAGUCUGCAUCAGAGGCUAACUCGGGAGGGGAGGGCAGGAGAGACCGAAAGGGAGGAGGACGACUCAUUUACUGUCUUUCUACUUCAAUUUCUUGCAUGGCCUGAUCAUGGAACCCCUAGUGAACCGUCAGAAUUUUUGGACCUCUUGUUCAAUAUAUCUUCAUAUCAGGAGAAUAUGGAAACCAUGGGUCCAAUGAUUGUGCAUUGCAGUUCCGGAAUUGGUCGAACUGGAACCCUAAUUGUCACAGACAUGCUUCUAGGCUGCAUUCGCGAAGGUGGUCUCCAUACUGACAUCGAUAUAGCUCGCACUGUCCAAGCCGUCAGAGAGCAACGCUCCGGUAUGGUCCAAACCGAAGCUCAAUAUCGAUUCAUCUACAAAGCUGUCCAGGAAUUUGUCUCCGGCCUUUUGCUUCGCGUGAAACUUCGGAAUGCUUUGAAACCCUUCGGAAUUGACUACACCAAUUUGAAACAGACGCCACGAAGCGAGGGAUGUCUGUGUUGCACGGGGACAGCUACCCUUCCUCACUCCUCAUCUUUCACUCUCUCCUCUUCGCUGCCUAACUCGUCUCAUGGGUUUUGGACUAGCAGAAGCAUCAAUUGUCAGAGACCUGUGCCACCACCUUUAGCCCCACCGACAGCAUCCACUGAGACUCAAAAAGGUUUCACUUCUGAAGAGACGUCAGUAACGACGACAGCGGCAGGAGCUGGCCCCUCUAGCUCCAAACGGUGGUAUAAGCUCUCUUCGGCUUCACGGUAA